UCACAUGAAAACCGCCGAAACGGGACGAGGUAGUUUUUCUCCCCGUACAGAGAGAACUUAAGACCAGCAGAGGAGAUGAGACGCGAGUGUGCUAUGCCUUGUCGAAAUGGACAGACUUUAUCCAAGCGAAAACAUGGCGUCCGCCGCCCCAACUUUACCCCUUGCUCUCCAUCGGCGUCCUUCCUCGCGUUGUUUUGCAUUGAGACGGGGGGGCUUCGUCGCUCACGGGGACGCGGCCAGGAGCUGCAGCCCGUGUCCGCUCAACUGUACCUGCGUGCUGUCCGGGCCCACGCUGACCUGCGUGGUCAACUGCUCCAACGGCGGUCUGGAGAGGGCACCGGCGGCGGCGGACGUCCCGCUGGCCACCAACGUGCUAGAUCUGUCGAGAAACCACAUCCCCUCUCUUGAUACCAGUCUGCUGGACCGCCUUACAGGCCUGCGAGAGCUAUAUCUUCAGGGAAACAGGAUCAAUGUUCUCCCCAGGGGUGUCUUCUGCUGCGGACCACUGUCCAUCCUAGAUUUGAGCAACAACCAAAUCACUACCAUAGAAGAAAGGAUAUGUGACAACCUGUGCAAUUUAACUCAAAUUGAUCUGAGCAGCAACCCUUAUGAAUGUGACUGUAAGCUGUUUCGGCUGGUCAGCUGGCUCCAAGAGAAAGGGGUGCGGGUUCGACGCCCGGAUGCCAUGCUCUGCCACCACCCGCCGGACCUCCGCCACCAGCCCUUGCUCAACAUCAGCUUGCUCACCUGUGGUCUGAACUAUGCAGCCUGUCUGGAGGACAGCAGCAGUGGAGGAGGCGGGCGGAGUGAGCUGGUUAUCUUCUCCAGCUCCACUCCAGGAAACUUCUCACGACAGCAGUGUAACAGUGUGUGUUUUGCCGCCUCUCACCGCUACGGGGGCUUGGGUGCACGGCGUGAGUGUCUAUGCAGCACCAACUCCGAACCUAAUUUCAUCAGCGAGUCUCAGUGCUCUGCCGCCUGCACCAACCCGCAUGUCAUGAAGGAAUGUGGCUGGACUCUGGCCCACGACGUGUUUGCUGUGGACUUCUCUGUGAUGCUGAAACCGCUCCCGCUUCAAAGUGUCCACCAGCCUGUCCUCAUUUCUGCUUCCUCCUCUGUCACUCCGGUGAGGCUGUCCUGGGACUUUGGUGACCUUUCACCUCGGGUCAACACCACGGAAGUCACUGCAGCUACACACAAGUAUGGAUACCCUGGGCGUUUUACCAUCAGCGUGAUUGCCUGGGCCGGACACAAGGAGGUGAAGGUGCGCAGGGAGGUGACAGUGGUGCUGCCUCCCAAACUGAAGCUGCUGUAUCCUCCUCGUGCUGUGGCCAAUCAGAGCUUAGAGUUCAGGCUCAUCAGCUGGGGCUCUGUGGGUGUAGCUGUCGACUGGAAAAUCACCAAGGAUGGAGUUCAGACUGCCAAGGCCUCCCCUUACUGUCCCAGGGAUGGGGUGUACCAUGCCGAGUCCUCUCGCUGUUUUCAGAUUGUUCCAGGGGAGUUUGGCUGGACUGAGGCUCGGCGCCAGUGUGCCGACCGCGGUGGGGACCUGGCAAUAGUCAGGACCGACACGCUGCGCAACCUGCUGGCACACAACGUCACACAGGAGAGAGGUGUAUGGCUGGGUCUGAGUGAUGUGGACUCUCCAGACACGCUGCGCUGGGUGAACGGCUCAGAAGCGCGUGAGGGCGAGGGUGGCCUGGCUACCCGGUCUCAACUCUUCUCUGGCAAUGUCUGUGUGUCCCUUGAUCAGAAUGCCCAGACCAGUUCCCACCCGUGCAGUGCCAAACGAGCUUAUGUCUGCCAGUACAGCGCCCAAGUGCGUGUCCCAGAUACGGGGGUCUACAUGUUGGGUCUGGCUGUAUUUCCUUCACAAAACCCUCUCUACCAACCCAGCUCUGCUCAGCUUUCCAUGCCGCCACAACCACCAAGCAGCAGUACAGAGGUGCUGAUGUUCCCAGCAAUAAACAUUGUCCAGGCAGGGUGGCUGUCCUCCCUUGAGUUUGUCACUCUGGGGCUGAGCUCAGACACUCACGUCCGUUUCCAGACCUACACACCCCACUGUCAUCACCCUGGUCUGCACCUGCUCCUGCCCAGCUGUGGUGGUCCAGUGUGUUCUCCAGUGGCCGUAUGUGUACCCACAGACCACAGUGGCUCUUCGCCCCCAACCAUCUGCCCACCAAUCGAACAGUGGUGCCCAUUCCAGCGGCGCUGCAUAGCCCUCUCUAGCCCCUGCUACGCAUCCCUCUGCCAUAAUUGUACCCAAGCACACAGCCUCCCCCCUGGGGUGAUGAGACCCAGAUACACCCUGCAAGAUGAGGUGCUCUUCACUCUACCAGCAGGACCAGCCGCACAUGUACUGGUGCGAGAAAAAUUGGAGGCUCUUCAUGUGUCCCCCGGUGAUGUCAUCGCCCUGCAGCAUGACGCCGGUUCCGCUGCUCUCCUCCGCUGUCACACCUCUCCACAGUCACCAUGGCGACAGCCUGUUUUAGCCCUCAACCAGUCAGAAUGGUUCUGGGCUCGUAAUGCCAGCAGACGGGCAGCAGGCAGCUCGGCUGACCAUGACUCUGACAUGGUCCCCGAACCGGUGCUCGAUGUGGAGGCCAUGGUAAAGGAUGGAGAGGGAGGCUGGUUGGAGGAUGUGGUCUGCCCUGUCAGGGUGCUCUAUGCGGGGCAUAGUGAGACCCUUCUCCAAGGACCCAAACUGUCUGCUGGCUUAUCCCAGCCUGGAGUCUACAAAAUGCUGGUGACUUCUGCUGAACCAUCCUACCCAGCAUCAGCCUCUUGUGAAGUCAGGAUUGUGCCUCCCCUGGGCUUGACAGUCCUGCACCCUCUACCCCAAAAUGGAACCAUCUACCUUCAACCCAACGACACCCGUCUUCUGCUCCGUGUCCAGUCUCGCUAUGUCACAAAAGUCUCGAGGAGUGGGACAAACCUCAGCGCCAUUUUCCACCAAGCCUGUCCUCCUGAGUUCUCCUCCAGCCUAGGGCUCUGUCAGUCAGGGCCAAGCUCAGCAUCUGGUGCUGAGGCCUUGGAGCCCAACCUGUUUGCAGUGCUGGAUCUUGGGCUGGAGGAGCAGCAUAAGGGCAUGGUCCAGGUGGAGUUAGAGGCACACAGUGAGGUGAUGGAGGGCAGCCUGUCAGUGGUUGUUUGUCUCGAAGAACCUCUCAGAGGACUGGUGGUGCAGCCUCACCCUGCCAACAGAGUGCUGAUGGAGUCAGUUGUGAGCUAUACAGCAUCUGUGCUGGAAGGAUCCAACCCAACAUUUAAAUGGACCGUGGAUGACAAGCCCUACUUCACCUAUUACAACACCGUCCUCAAUGUCAUCUACCAGAAUGCUGCUGUUUAUAAACUCACUGUGACAGCCAUGAACCAUGUCAGUAGCCUAACGGAGCAUUUCAACGUGACAGUGGACAGGAUGCAGCCCAUGGCCAACCUCACAGUGAGGGGCGUGCCAGAUGUGGUCACACAGGGCUCAGCCCAGACCCUCACUGCCUCUGUGGUCUUGGAUAUGUCAGUGGCCGCUACCUUUCGGUGGUCCUUUGGUGAUGGAGGUUACAAGGAGUUUGAAUAUAAGCCUCCAUAUGCCUCCUCCUCCCUCUAUUCAAACUCUCCCAAUCAGCUGCUCCUAAGCAACAAUGUCACCUAUGUCUAUCCUCAGCCAGGAGUGUACACAGUGCUCAUGUCAGUGUCUAACCGGUAUGAGAACAUCAGUACGCGCUUAAAAAUGCAUGUUUACAGCAUCUUGAACCGUAUCGACAUAGAGACAGUGCCUCGACUCCUUCUUGCUGGUACACCAGCUUCUUUUGAAGCUCACGCUUGGCCCUCACCCUACAGCAUCCACUACACCUGGAACUUUGGAGAUGGUACUACUACUUUGCAGGGCCGUGAAAGGCAAGUGAUGCACACCUACGCCCAGAGUGGCGUCUUCAAUGUGUGUGUAUCAGUGAACAACACCAUCAGUUCAACAGAAGCCUGUGUUGAAAUGCUCGUGUACGAUAAGCUUGAAAAACUAACAGCGGGAAGUUCCUCCCCUACGGAGCUCCACAUGCCCACUAAAGUGUGGGCUGACCUUGCAUCUGGCAAUAACGUCACCUGGAUAUUCUCCAUGGGCGAUGGGACCAACUACACCAAAACAGAGCCUAACGUUUCACAUACCUACAUCAAAGAUGGCAACUACACAGUGAAUGUGACUGCCAGUAAUGCUGUUAGUUCUGUCUGGACCAUCCUACCUGUCCGGGUGUUUGUCUUCCAGGUUUUGAAGCUGGAACCCUCCGGCUGUGUCCAAGAACGAAUCCCAAUCCAUUUCCAGGCCUGGGUCUCAGGGAAUGCAUCUGCUCACCUCUAUGAAUGGAGCUUUGGGGACGGGAGCCCCAAUGAGACAUACCAUGGCAACCCCAAAGUCACACACACCUACUGGACCAGUGGGAACUAUCACCUCUCUCUUCUUCUCUCCAGUGGGGUAAACAAGGCAACAAAAGCCAACUUCUUUAACUGGGUUUGUGUGCAGCCAGCUGUGACCAAUGUAAGCCUUACCCUUGGGAGGACACACUUCCAAGUCGGUGAGGAGAUCUGGUUUCAGGCCAGGGCUGAACCAGAGUUUAACUACAGCUAUCUGUGGGACUUUGAUGUGUAUGAAGACUCCGCACUAACUCGUGGCUCUGGGGAUAUGCCAUUUACCUAUAAAAACCCAGGUCAGUAUGUAGUGAAAGUUACAAUCUACAAUAACAUCUCUGCUAGUAAUACCAGUGUCAUCAUUGAGGUUGAGAAGCCUGUUGGCCAAGUUCUGAUUCAACAUAAUGGGACCAGAUACAAUAACUUGACCCUUCAUGAACCAUACCGCUUUUCUACAUCUUCUUUGGCCUCCCACGUCAAUUACAUCUGGAACAUGGGAGAUGGGACAGUGCUUAAAGGCCAGAAUAUCAUCCACAACUACAGUAAUUCAGGAAACUACAACAUUACGAUGACAGCAGCUAAUACAGUAAGCAGGAACCAUACUAUUUUAGCUGUUGCUGUCCUAGCACUAAUUCAGGGUUUAACAGUCAAUGCCAGCUUGGUAAAUGUCCCGCUAAAUGCAUCGGUCCACUUUGAGGCACAGAUGGAGGAGGGAGAUGGUGUCCGGUUCUCUUGGAUCCUGUGUGAUCGUUGCACCUCAAUUCCAGGAACUCACACCAUGUUCUACACCUUUCGUUCUGUGGGAACCUUCAACAUCAUUGUGACAGCAGAGAAUGAUGUAGGAACUGCGCAAGCCAGUAUAUUUCUUUUUGUGCAGCGUGAGCUGGAGGGACUGCAUAUUCUAGCAGAGGAAGUAGAUUCAGGUGGUGUAGAGGGCUGCUACUUUGCUACAAAUCACGUUCUCCAUCUCCAGGCUGCACUAAGAGAAGGAACAAACAUGUCGUUUACUUGGAAUGUCAUUAAGGAGCUAGAACCAAUUAACUCAGGCUUUAACAUAAGUGGGAAGACCAUACAUGUCAAUUUCUCUACACCAGGCCCAUGUGACAUCUUACUCCGCGCGUCCAACCUCCUAGGCCAGCUGUUCGUCAAUAGAACCAUCCAGUUUCUGGACCCAGUAGGGGGAGUGAGCUUAUGGAUCAGCAACAAUCCAGUUGCAGUCAAUGCCCCAACUAACUUGACUGUGCUGACUACAGAGGGUUCAAACCUGCAGUACAGCUGGUCUGUGGAUGGGAAUUCUUUGUUGUGGAAUAAGCCCUGGGUGAUAUACACCUUUACCAGUCCUGGCCAGAGGCUGGUCAGUGUAGAGGUCUUCAAUGAAGUCAGCUCAGAAGUUGUGUCAGACUUUGUCAGAGUCGAGGAAGUCAUUUCUGGACUAACAUUCUCUGCCAGUAAUGUGACUGAACAGAAUUACGUAGCAACAGGUGUCAACAUCUUGCUGCAGGGGGAGGUUCAAACAGGAACUAAUGUGACUUGGACAUGGCUAUUACCAGGUAGAACAGAAACAGGAAGGAAUACCUCUUUGAUUUUCUCUAAACCAUCGAUGGUCACAAUUUCUCUUAAUGCUUCAAACAGUGUAAGUGGGGAUGUGGUUUCCAGAGAUUUCUUUGUUCAGGAAAAGAUCCAGGCGCUGGAGUUGAGAGCCAGUAAACAGUUUGCAGCAGUUGGAGAGAAGGUGGAGUUCACCAUUUCCUUGGUGGCAGGGUCAGAUGUUAGUCUCAUCCUCAGCAUCAGCGGAGACGCCACAGUCAUCCCCCAUCCUAACCAAACCUAUGUCCACCAAUUCACCAGAGCGGAAACAUACAUGGUCAACCUCACUGCUCACAACCAGGUGAGUGUCAAAAGACGGCACCUCCAGGUUGAAGUGAUGGUGCCAGUGCAUGGACUGACCAUCUUGGAUUGCUGUGAAGCUGCCAUUGUUGUAGGUGUGAAGAGAACCUUUGUGGCCAACAUCCUGACAGGCAAACCUGUUCACUUCCUCUGGACAUUCGAUCUCCACCAUCUUGACAAAACAUCUUGCAUGGGCAAAGAGGUGUCCUACACACCAGAGGAGGCUGGUUCCCUGACCAUCUAUCUGAGGGCCUUCAAUGCACUCCAUGGCCAGAACAUCACCAAGCACAUCUUGGUCCAGAAUCUCCUGACAGCUGCUGCACUUGAUGCUGUGCCCCAGGACACCUUUGUCAAUAAGACAGUGAAAUUCAUCACCUCAGUCACACCCAGAUCCAAUGCUGUUGCUUGCCUGUGGGACUUUGGCGAUGGUUCUACUCUGCUUCCCACAAACAGUACAACUGUGGGCUACGAGUACAGCAACCCUGGACACUUCCUGGUCCAGGUAAAUUGUAGUAAUCUGGUGAGCUGGGUAUUGGCAAGGGUGGAAGUGAAUAUCCAAGUGUUGGAGUGUGACGAGCCAGAGGUUCAGGUGGUCCAAGCCCCCCGCCUGGCCAUCUGGCGCUCCCAACCCACUUUGGUGGAAGCCAGUGUGGACCUAAAAGGCUGUGUUCGCUAUGGAGCACAGUACCUCUGGCAGAUCCUCUCCAUCCCCUACUGCGAUAAUGACCGGGACGGUAACCGUGUGGUAGUGUCUUGGCCCUCUCAGACCUCACCAGUGUCUGUGAUCCCUCUUCCUGGGGACGUGGAUAUGCGGCGUCUGCAGCUGUCUGUGCCCAAGAUGGCACUGGCAGCAGGGAACUACACACUGGUGUUCUCCUUGUCGUACGAGGGCGUACCGCUGAGAAAGGCUGCCUGUUUGCAGCUCAGCGUCAUGGCAGCCAGGCUGGUGCCCAUCAUUGAGGGGGGUACCUACAGGGUGUGGUCGAGAACCAAGGACUUGCAGCUCAGUGCAGAGCAGUCGUAUGACCCCAAUAUGGACCCAGAUAACCAGUCACUCCUCCAUUACAACUGGGAAUGCCAGAGCACCUCCAAGGGUACGGCCUACUGCUCCAGCCUGAACUUUGGUUUGGGGUCCAGCGGUCCAGUGCUGGGCAUCUCUGGCUCUGAGCUAGAGGCUGAUGUGGAGUACACUUUCCAACUGACUAUCAGCAAAGACGGCAUGGCACCGGAGUCCAACACCCAGACCGUGCUGGUUCAAAGUGGUGAUAUUCCCAUGGUGUAUCUGGAGUGUGUGUCUUGUAAGGCCCAGUCCAUAUACGAGGUCAGCCAGAACUCCUAUGUCUAUCUCAGAGGGACUUGCACUAAUUGUCAAGAUUUCCACCGUGGGCGAUGGACUGCCAUGACGCUACGUAAUGGGACCAACGAGACGCUGGUGCUGGACUCCUCCUCCACCACCACAGGAAGUGAUGGCAUGAACCUGGUUCUGCGCCAGGGUGCCCUGCGCCACGGAGACUCCUACAUCUUUACCCUGCAUGUGACCGAUGGUAACCUAGAUGGUGAGGGCGCUGCUUCCAUCACGCUACGCCCCAACAUGCCUCCAGCCGGCGGGGAAUGCCAUCUGAGAGGAGGAGGGGGGGAGUACGGGGACGCAGAUGGGGAGGGCUGGAGGGUACGCACUCUGCUGGAUCGGGUUCACUUCAGCUGCUCAGGUUACAGUGACCUAGGGGUCUCAGAGACGCCCCUGCUCUACAGCCUGCUAGUGACACGCUGCAAGGAAGACUACUGUGAGGAAUUCUGUGUGUACAAAGGCACCAGCCCAGAACACUCCGCCUUCCUGCCCCCAGGAUUCAGUUCAGCUCGUCACCGGGUGGCUGUAUCCAUCACUGUGGAGGACCACCAGGGGGCGGCCAUCACCGCUGUCAACAAGUCCAUUGAAGUGGUGCUGCCAGACCCUCCCCCUGGUUACAGUGGUCUCCCCCAUUGGCUGGCUGAGUUGACUGACAGAAAACUCAAAGAGCUGCUGAAGCAGGGAGACUCCCAGAGGGUCAGAGAGUUAUCCCUGGCUCUCAUUACUGUGCUAAAUGAGUAUGAGAAGACCAGAGGGUCAGCCCUGCGGAGACAUGCGGAGCGACAUCACCGGGUCAGUGUACGUAGUAAUAUCACCAGGGCCCUGACAGCGUUGGAUCUAAUCACUGUUAACGACAUCCAGCAGACCUCAGCUGCCCUGGCACAGUGCACGGCGGUGAGUCCAGAGUUCAUCUGCGAGGAGUGUCAGAACAGCACACUGAACAAGCUAGAGUCCAUGCUGGAGAUCCUCCAGACUGACACCAAGCAGGGCACUGUCACUCCCACUGAGAUCGCUGACAACAUCCUCAAUAUUAUGGGUGACCUGAUCCAUCAGGUCAGCCAGUUGGCCUCCCAGACUUAUAUUCAUGGCAUGUAUGGGGACUCUUCCUUCUCCACUGGCUUCUCUUCUAAUUUGUCCAGUGAGGAUCAAGGAAGUGCCCCCAUGGACCCUUCUGCCUCCUUUCUGGAGCCCCACCCUCUACGCGUGGCAGCCAAGGCCUACAGCCUGUCCUCCAUGCUUAUGACGAUCCUCAUGCAUGGCCGUGUGCUGAAUGAGGAGCCGCUGGUACUGAGAGGAGCAGAGAUUGCUGCCACUGGGAAGCUGGCCGAUCCCCAGAGUCUGCUCUGCUACCAUGGCAAUGAAAGUCCAGAGUGCCAGCGGUUCUCCAUCCCCAGAGCUUUCAACAACAGUCUUGGCAAGGCUGCUGCAGGAAACAGCAUCAUGCAGCUACUUUUGCGGGUGGGUCCCAAUCCAUAUCCUUCUAACUACAUAGCCAACUAUACCAUUUCCACCGAAGUGGCCUCCAUGGAAUUUCGCACAGAGAAUGGCACUCAGAUUCCCAUCUAUGGCCUGGAUGAUAGCCAAGCCAUCACUGUUGCCAUCAACAAUGGCAGUGCCAGUGGCAGCGGUGGAGGGGAAUCAGGUCCUGAGGGAAUGGCAGGGGGCCCUACGACGCAGGCUGUUAACAUCAGCCACUGUGACUCCAUCAUUGUUAGGGUCAGCACAGGAAACAGCAACCGGCAAGCUGGGCUUUUUGUCCAGCUCAACUUUACUUCUCUGGAGGAUGGCAUUGAGGACCCUCAAAGAGGAAAUGAUGUUGAGGAACCCCACAUCACAGCCUACCUCCAUUACUACUCACGCCCUAAUGAGUUUAACUGCACAGACAGAAAACAUAUCACCCUCAGUAUGACCAGGGGGCAUGACUUGGACCACAGAAAGUACACCUUAUUUAUAUCCCCAGAGUUCUAUGACACCACACUUGACUACUUUGUCAACGUGACUUCGGCUUGUAGUUCUGCCUCCCUAUCCAAGGGCCUGCAUCUGGAGGUGGGAGUGUUUGUCUCUCUUUGCCAGUACUUCAGCGAGAGUGAGAAGCAGUGGCGAACAGAUGGUAUGGUGCCUCUGGCAGCAACCAAUGCCAGCAGGGCUGUCUGCAGGACCAGGCACCUCACAGACUUCGCUGCCUCCCUGUUUGUUCCUUUGAAUGCCAUCGAAUUCUUGAUGCCUGAACGUUUAGGAGCCCCAAGCCUGGUGGUUUUGUUAGUGUGUGUGUUGGGGUUGCUAUGCUAUGCUGUGGCUGCAGCCAUCUUACACAAGUUGGACCAAUUGGACCUGCGAAGGGCCGGUGUGGUUCCACUCUGUGGCCGGGAUGGGCUCUUUAAAUACGAGGUACAGGUCAAGACUGGCUGGAGCCAAGGGGCAGGUACCACAGCCCAUGUUGGAAUUAGUUUGUAUGGGCGUGAGAGCCGCAGUGGGCACCGCCAUCUUGACAGCAGAGGAGCCUUCACUCGCAAUGCACUUGACAUUUUCCGCAUUGCCACUGACACCAGCUUGGGCAACAUCUGGAAAAUACGAAUCUGGCAUGACAACAAGGGUCUGUCCCCAGCAUGGUUGCUUCAGUACGUCUUGGUGAAAGACCUGCAGACAGGAAGCAGCUACUAUUUCCUGGUUGAGGAGUGGCUGUCAGUGGACAAUGAGCGGACAGACGGACGGGUGGAGAUUGGGGUGGAAUCAACAGAAGAGGCAGUGCUUCGUCAGUUGUCCCGCCUGUUGGUAUAUGAACUGGAGAGGGCACUGUGUGAGAGUCACCUCUGGGUGUCUUUAUGGGAACGGCCAACCCGCAGUCCGUUCACUAGGCUGCAAAGAGCAACCUGCUGUGCUGUGUUACUACAGCUCUGUCUGUUGGCCAACACCCUGUGGUACAGCACUGUGGUGGACAAAAGAUAUAGUCCAAGGGCAGUGUCUAUGCUCUCAUCACUGAGUGGAGAGACAGUGGCAGUAGGCCUGGUUAGCUGUCUGGUGGUUUACCCUCUCUACCUGCUUGUCUACACGCUCUUCAGAAUGAGCCGCAGCAAGUGUGUGUCUGUAGAGCACGUGCCUCCCCAAGCUGACCAAGAGUCAGUGGAGAUUGAUGAUUUCCUGGACAACUCUGUGGCAGGAAGCUCUUUCCUCUUUUUCAACAGAAUCCAUGGCGAGACCAACUCAGAAGAGACCAACAUAGAUUUGCCCACUCCAUCAACCAAAAGUGUUGAGAGCUGGGGCAUGGCUGAACAGGAGGAGACAGAUGACCGGGAUUGGCCAGAGCUCUUGAGUGAUGUGUCUGUGGUAGGAGGGAUGGGGAUGGGAGCGGGGCUGAUUAGGCUGAAGAGAGGUCAGGGAAGCAGACACCUAGGAGUCGACAUGACUUUCAAUCCAGACGACGAGGAAGGAACUGACCAGCACAACAAGUAUUUCACCUCUUCAGAUGAGGACUUGAUCAAGCAUAUCCUGGCAGAUGGGCAGAACUUCUUCCCUCAGGCAGAUGAAAGUGAAAUGGCUGACCUGUCAAGUAUCUUUGGAGAUAAGACGGAAGUGAUUCUCCUUCAGAAACUCAAUGAGCCCCUGUCUUCAGUAUCUGUGAGAAGAGACCCCCCUAAGACUGCUUUCACCUCUAAUACAGUAGUGACGGAUGUGUGUCGUCCGAGACGGUUCCCGCCCUGGUGUGGACGUGCCACUCUAUGGUGCAGCUGGGCAGGGAUUACUCUUGCCAAUGGCAUAUCAGUGUGGGCGGGCCAUGGUUUCAGUCAGGGUGUGGCCGUGAUGUGGCUCAUUUCCUGUUUCUCCAGCUUCCUGUGCUCCUGCCUGCUGUUGGAGCCUGUCAAGAUGUUGUGUGAAGCGGUCUAUUAUGCAGUGUUUGUACGUCGGCUACGUCCAGAGGACCAAGAUGUGUUGGUAGACUUUCCCCGGGUCGAAAGGGUUGUUCAGCGGGUCCCCAGGGUCCGACCACCCCAAGGCUUCGCUCUGUCCCAGGCUCGGCAACAGGCCCGCAAAGUCCACAUGCUACACACCAUGCUCAAGAACUUCCUGGUUUAUAUGUUCUUCCUGUUGGUGGUUUUGCUUCUCAACUAUUCUGACACGGCCAAAGAUACACACAGCCUGAGACUGCGCACUCAUUUACAACGCACGCUUUGUACACCUGAGUACCGCAACAUCAGCAGACGAGAAGAUAUUCUGAUGUGGCUGAAUCACUCCUUGUUGCCAUGCCUAUUGGAUGAUGCUGCCCUUCUAAAAGACACAGGAAGUGUGUUGCUAGGCACUCUCAGGCUUAGACAAAUCAGAGAUGCACAAGAUUCUCUCAGUUUUGAUAUGUUUGACGGCAGUCCAUUGAACAGUAUGGCUCCCAGUGCUGCUGCUGAUAAUCGGGGAUGGCGUGGUGAUCAGUUUGGGUUGGACAAAGGCAGUGGUUCGGUCUACCAGCUAAACAGAAGUCUGACACAAGUCUCAGCCUCCAUACAGCAUCUACAGCAGCUGCACUGGCUCAACCACAGGACACGUGCUGUGUUUGUAGAGUUCUCUCUCUACAACAUCAACACCAACCUGCUGGCUGUCUUCUCCUUCCUGUUUGAGUUCCCCGUCUCUGACUGCACCCAGUCUAGCCUCGACUUGCUGACCGUUCAUCUGUGCCCAAUCACCGGCUUGGACCUGCAGCUCCUGCUCACAAUUGUGCUCUUGGCUCUGGUACUGUAUUUUUUGGUGCGGGGCAUCCUGGGAUACUGGAAGGAAGGUUAUGCGUACUUACUGUCAGCCUGGUGGCUGCUGGGUCUAUUCAACCUGGCUCUGGCAGCAUCGGUGUGCGGGCUGCACCUCAGCUGCUGCUCUGCUGCCAAGCACCUGUGGGCAUCAUACCUACAGCAUCCAAGGGACAGGUUCACGGACUUUUACCCUGUGGCCAGACUGAGUCAGACAUACACGGUGAUGUCUGCCCUGCUGUUGUUCAUACUGGUGCUCAAGGCAUCCCACCAACUGCGCUUCCUAAGAGAAUGGGCCGUGUUUGGCAGAGCUCUGAGGCGCUCGAUCUGGGAGCUGUUGGGAAUAUCUCUGGCAUUACUGCUUUUACUGCUGGCUUACUCACACACAGGACACCUGCUGUUCCACUCUGUGUUGGAUGGUUAUGACAGUGUAAACUCUGCCUGUCUGUCAUUGCUGAGUGCUGGUGGGUGGAGACUGUUAUCUUGGCGAACAGCCUGGAUGAGUAUCGAGCCACAUAGCUCCGCCUUCUCACUCGUCUUCCACGUGAGCUUUGCCAUUCUCCGGCUCGUGUCGCUGUGGUUGGUCACAUCGGUAUUGUUAAGGAACUACCGCCGGGCGCGAGCAGAGCUGUAUCGUCCAGCCGUAGAUCUCCAAGACUACGAGAUGGUUGAGCUGUUCCUCAGACGGCUGAAGAUGUGGAUGGGGCUCAGCAGAACCAAGGAGUUUCGCCACAAGGUACGCUUUGAGGGCAUGGAGCUUCCGCCUUCCCGGUCCUCCUCUACCAGUGACUGUAAGUCACUGUGCUUACCACCUCUAGAUGGACCUGACUCCCCAGAUAGUGCGGACGCUGGCUCUGAGGCCUCCUGGCGCCCGGCCUCUUCCAGCCCCUGCAGCCUAACUGAAGCUCCAGGAGUAGGGCUAGGGUUUGGUCUGGGCCUGGGUCCGGGUCCAGGUCCGGGAACAGGUCCGUGUCCGGGUCCAGGUGUGGUGGUGGGAGGAGCGAGCUGGAGGGAGACUGCAGAGACUGAAGCCUCUCUGAGGAGGCUGCUCCCCACCCUGGACGCCCUGCUGCAGCAGCUUGACCGCCUCACCUUGGCAGCGGAAGAUCUGUACCAUAUCGAGUGUCGUCUGGAGAAAGCCCAAAGGAAGAGAAGGGAUAAAUUUUGGGGUAGAGGGGGAGGGAAAGUAAGUAGCCAAAGAGGAGUGGUGAGUGAAGAGGCACAAGGGGUAAAGGAGACGGUGGAUGACAAGGACUAUACCAGAUGGAGAGAUCGAAAAGGAGUCAAAGAAAAAGACAAAGGGAGCAAGCGGGGCAAAAAGAAAGAUAAAAGUGGAGCGUCAAAGGGUUGUGGGAACACAGUUUCAAACCCCAGAAAGACUCCUGUCACCAUACCUGUUCCCUUUCCCAAAUCCAAACCAGCAUCUGCCUCUAUCCAAACCCCUGACCCUCACAUAGCCACUAAACAUCUGAUAAGUGCGCCUGCACCGACCCCAGUCUCACCCCUCAAAUGUGCCCCUCCACCUCCUUUUGUUCCCGACUCAACGGCCAAAACUAACUCUGUCCACAUAAUGCCGUCCAAAAUAACCCCCGCCCCUUCAUCUACCCCAGCCUCAGUGAAUAUACCGUUGCCCAUGCCCUCAUUGCCAUCCACUCCUGCGCCUACCCCAAAUGCCCGUGGUCACCUGCUCGGGACUCGGGAUUGGGAUCCCUCCACAGAGAGAGAGACCUCCCCUCCCACUAGCCUGUUCAACCACCCGGCUCACACCACCACCAUCCCCACACGCAAGCGCAAGCGCAAACCGCCACCCCUAAAGAACAAGGUGCACCCCAACCCGGACAGGCAUGUUUCUGGACACCCAAAGCCCUGAAGACCAGAAUGCCUCCCCUCCACCCCCCUCCCCAGGAACGGCAGACAAAAGAAAAGGAAGUGAAAUAUUAACACGUGAAACUUAUGGGGAAGGGCUGCGUCGAUGAUAAGAGGAAGACGGGGACAGCAGGUUUUGUCUCUGCGUGCACCUCUUUUCAUCCAAGCUACAAAGAAAUGUAGAUCAACAAAAAAUGAAGGGAACACUUAAAGGAGAUAAACUAAGCAUCACACGGACAAAAAAUGGAGGGAAAGGACAAAGAGGAGAAAGCAAUAAAAUGACCUAUAUGUUUUAAGUAGAUCUGUUACACCACGGUUCAAUAAUGUUGAGUUGGUCUGAAAAACAAAGAAAAGAAAAAGGUGCGGGUCACCAUUUCCUAAUUAGAUUUAUUUAGAAAUCCAGAGCUAGCCAACUUUUAAACCAAGAAAUGUCCCCUUGGCCAUACUGUCUUUACUUUCCUGAACCAAAUCUGACCCCACGUGACCCUGGAGGUCACAUGGGCUCUUUGACAGGAGCACAGCUCUCCGUGCUUACCUGACGACUAAACAGACUGUAUGUCAGCAGACUGAGGGCAGACAGCACAUUUGUGUGUUUUGCAUUGCAAUUUGUGUCAAUUUUUCAUGUUGGUUAUGUUGUCUCGGAGAGAACGUGUUACAAGGAAGCUAUUUUGUUGUUUGGGUCACCAUGGGUACUUGUGACCUUUUUGAUGAUCAUCAUGUCAAGAUGUUCUACAUUUACACCCCACAUGCAAGAGCAAGUAUACAGACACUCACAGUAAACACUGCUUGUGUUCGAGACCCACAUUAGGUACGCCUGAAAACACAAAGGCUACUGGGAUGCCAACAGGCGAAUAUGCCUCAGUAUCCCAGGAGCGACGUCUUCAUAGUGCAGGAAUAGUAUGGUGCGUAGAUUAGUAUACAGCAACACAAUGAAGGAAGAGAACAAAAAGAUAGAGAGGGAAUAACAGCGGAUAAGACGAAAAGACAAAGCAGCAAGUGUCAGUAGCCCGAAGAAGGUGAUGCAGGAGUUUCACAUAUGUUUCCUGAAUACUCUGUCUUUCAAAUCCUGCACGAUGUCACAAGGAUACUUUUGAAGUUGUUUUCAAUGUGGUUCUAAUUUAAAAGCACCUUUUUUUAAGAAAAAUAAAGUUUUUUUGUUUUUGAGAGAUGGAGUGUUUGUGCACCAAUGUAAUAAGCUUGAUAUGAAAAUCAAUAGAGAAGGCCUCACUCAUACUGUAUAUUUUAAUCCUAAACAUAUCCAAAGCUUUUGCGUCAUUUAUGCACCCAGAAAUGUACCAUACCGAGUAAUUCAUUCAUGUUGUACUUAGCACUUUAUUUGUGAAGCUGACAUACAAUACUAUAUUUAACUCUUAAAUUGUCCAGUUUCUUUUUUCAUAUCUAAAUACUGUAGCUACAUUAUAGUACUAUUUUGAGAUAGUAUCAAGCAAUUGAAGCAGUUAUAUAAGUUGGUCUCGUCUCAGCAGAGUUUUUGAAUUGUCUACUUGUUGGAUUUUUUUUUUUUUUGUAUCUCAAAUUCUUACCCAUGUUUUGUGUGUCCAGUGGGCAGAUCUCAGGGACCCCAUCCUCUCUUCCCUAAAAUAAGAAAUAUCACCUUGUUGUGGCAUUGUCCCCACAGGAGCCAAAAUUUGGUAAGAAUUUCCUGUAAUUCAGAAAAUGAUUUUUUUUUUCUGUCACCAUAUAGUGAAGGGCCAAACUUGCCAUUGUGUGAGCACUACCCCCCUUUUUGGAGCUCCUGUAUUUGUCCCAUAACAAUCUCCAAAGCUUUUUUCCUCUCGGCCCAAAACAAGAACAGGUUAUUCCUAUGUAAGGGGCCUCUUGUUCUUAAUAUAUAAAGAGGAUUAAUGUUGCAGACAUGCUAAAGCUCCCUCUUCUCAGCGCUUUCACAUUUAUGAUGGUAAACGCAUAUUUGAUAUUGCAAAUUUUGACCAUCACUUUAAAUGUCACUAAAGUUGUGUAAUACUCUAGCAUGUUCCAAUUUUCAUUGGUCCGUAUACAUAUAUGUAUAUAUUGGUGCCCUUUGAUUGACAGAUAUAUAUAUAUAUAUAUAUAUAUCUUUCCCUGUUACAAUCAGUAUUGUUUAUGUGCGCUGCAUUGGCUUCAUAUGUAGGUCAAGAGCUGGUUGCAGUAAACCCAAGGUUUCCAAAUCCUUCAAUUUCAUUUAAGCACGAUACCAAAAAGCCAUGCAUCUAUUUCACAUACAUGUAGCUCACUACAUCUGCAGAAGCUAGUGUUCCACUUGAAGCCACAGGAAAUUCAGAGGUGUAAAAAAACAAAAAACGCAUGACCCUUCCUGCCCUUCCUGUAAAGUGUGUAAUGGAGUUGCGCCAAAGCCCACCUGCAUGUUUUUUUGUCGUCUUAUUUGUAGGUAUAUUUUGUUUUCAAUCUAUGCCAAAAAACAAGCUCGUCUUUGGAAAUGUUUUUGUAUCAUUCAGUAUCUCGCCUAUCUUUAUAUUUUGCAGUUGUAGCACUUCUAAUGCUUUUGCACUUGACAAAGUCGAAUAAAGUGUUUUGACA